UACACGAAGAUCAAAACAGUUACCAUCCUUCGAAUCUCUCUUUCUACAUCAGAGGGUUCUUCCAUGUUGGACCUUCUCUUCGGAAUUCAUUACUGGUUCUUAGUUCCUUUAUAAUCCUCUCUCUCUGUAUAUAUACACACACACACACUCUCCACUCAUCUGAGAUUCUGCGAGCGAGUCGAGAAUGAGUGAACGCGGUCUCCAAACGAGUCAGGAACCGCCGGAGAGAGCCCGGGCGACGACGUUUCUGGAUUUGCUCCGGGGCCAGAUGGACGGUCUAGAUCGACCCAUCAGGAGGAAACGGUCUCUUAAGGAACGGCUACGAUUCAAAGGCAUCGGAUGCUGUGGGCCCUCCUGGGGUCUCCGAACUACCACCACCACCACCCUCAGCUCGAGAGACGACGAACACGAACCGGGGCAAGCCCGGGUCGAUACCGGGUCGGAUCAUGACUCUGGCUCUUCCGAGUCGGGUAUGAACCUCGCGACGGCGUUAGCGGCGGAGAGACACUACCGCACGAGAGAGACGGAGGAGGGGCAGACGCCGAUGACGCCGUUAAGGGUGUCGUUAAUGAGACUGCUGGAGGAAACGGCGGAGAGGGGUGAGACGGAGACUGAGACGGAGAGAUUAACGGCGUCAACGGGGACGAGUAAUGAUUCGGUGUGCUGCGUGUGCAUGGGAAGGAAGAAAGGAGCGGCGUUUAUCCCAUGUGGCCACACUUUCUGCAGAGUGUGUUCGAGGGAGCUGUGGCUCAAUCGAGGGUCGUGUCCGAUUUGCAUCCGUCCGAUCAUCGAGAUCCUCGACAUCUAUUGAACGAUCGGACGGUCAAUAAUGUGCAGUGCACGUGAUAACGAUGGGGGAGCCGGGAGGUGGUGCCCUAGGGAUUCACGAGGCGUUAUACACAAAAUUUAAUUACGCUUUGUACGUUUACUUUCUCUCUUUUUGGGAACGGUAAUACCAAAAAGAAAAGUUAAUGCGGAUUUUUUCCAUAAUUAUUAUUAUUAUAAUGGUGUUAUCUCGUUUA